AACGACGACAUGCACGCUGGAUCCUUCUCCCUUGUCCUCCUCCUGGCCGGGCUCUCCGGUCUGGUCUCUGCCCGGGGACCUCUGCGCCGGAGACAACAAGCAGCCGAGAUCCAGUCAAGGGAUGCCAGCGCCAGCUCGUCUUACACUUAUUACACGUUCCAGCAGCCCAUCGACCACUUCCCAGACAAGGCCAUCUACGCACCACACACCAAUGCCACCUUUGCGCAGCGCUAUGUGUUUGAUGCAAGUUACUACAAGCCAGGCGGCCCCGUGUUCCUGUACGUGGGCGGGGAAACGUUCAUCGAGGAGCGGCUGGAGUAUCUCGAGACUGGCAUUAUCCAGAUUCUCAUGAACGCCACGGGCGGGCUGGGGACCAUUGCGGACUUUGCCUACUUCGCGCAGCACGCCUCCUUCGAGGGCAUCAACGCGACUCUGACCGCGCCCUCGACGCCCUGGAUCAUGUACGGCGGCAGCCUGGCCGGCGCACAGACGGCCUUCACGGUCAAGACGUACGGCGACAUCAUCUACGGCGGCAUCGCCUCCUCGCAGAUCGUCAACGUGUCGGUGGAGUAUCCAGAGUGGUACAACCCUGUGCAAAAGUACGCGCCCUCGGACUGCGUCACCAGCAUCAACGACAUCGUGGACAAGUUCGACGGCCUGCUCGCCGCCAACAACACGGCCGCCGUGGCUGAGCUCAAGGCCAUCUUCGGGCUCGAGCUGCUCACGGACGACCGCGACUUUGCAAAGACCAUCAACUACCCCAUCGGGAACCCCUUUGACUACCCGACGUCGACGUGGCAGGAGCUGAUCUGGACCGACGAGGAGGCGCAGUUCUGGGAGUUUUGCGGCGCCGUGACGGACCUGGAUGCGCCGGCCAAUGUGACUGCUGUGGACGAGCAGAUGGCCAAGUACACGGGUGGUGAGCCGUGGACGAACCUGGGCAACUAUGCCAAUUACAUCAAACAAGUCAUUCUUCCCACGUGCCCGAGUGGUCACUAUGCCAGCGGGGAGUGCUUUGGACAAGGAAAUGCCACCUGGUGGACGGAACUCGUCGACCCAGGCACCCGCGCCUACAUCUACACAACCUGCUACGAGGCAGGCCUGUACCAGGCAGCCCCCAAGCAGGGCAAGACGCUCCUCUCGCGCGUCCUGACAGGCGCCUACACCCAGGAGAUCUGCGAGCUGGCGUUCCCCCCAGGCCAGUACAACACCAUCCCCGCCUCGCCCCAGAUCGACCUGUGGAACGGCUACGGCGGCUUCGGCCUGUCGGCAGACCGCCUGGCCCUCGUCGACGGGCAGCAGGACCCCUGGCUCGAUACCUGCUACCAUGCCACCGACGCCCCGCCGCGGUACAGCUCGGAUCUGCACCCAGAGUACCUGAUCGAGGUCGGCGGCCACCACUGGGACAGCUCGGGCAUCCUGGACAUCCCUGGGGAGCCGCAGUUUAUUCGCCAGGUACACUGGUGGGAGAUCAAGACGGUGAGGAAGUGGCUGCGGGACUUCUCUUCGUGGGUUCCUGAGAACAGCUCGACACUGGUGAGGUGA